GCGGGGGUCGCUGCCCGUCCCUGCGGCCCCGGGCCGGGCCGCCUCCGCCAUGGAGACCGAGCAGGCGGCCCCGGAGCAGCCGCGGCGGCGGAGGCGAAGCCGCAGGACCACCGGGCUCGGCGCGGGGGGCACCUCGGAGCCCAGCGACACCUCCCUGACGAGCGACACCUCCCUGACGAGCGACAACCCUGGGUCAGGCGACACCUCGGGGCCCGGCGACACCUCCCUGACGAGCGACACCCCAGGACCCGGCCUGGGCCGCAGAUACUCCCUUCGGAGAGGCAGCUCCUUCACAUUUUUAACACCUGGCCCCCACUGGGAUUUCACGUUGAAAAGAAAACGAAGAGAAAAAGAUGAUGAUGUCGUAAGCCUUAGCAGCCUAGAUCUAAAGGAGCCAAGCAAUAAAAGAGUCCGACCUCUAGCUCGAGUCACAUCCUUGGCAAACUUCAUCUCUCCUGUAAGAAAUGGAGCCGUCAAGCGCUUUGGUCAGACAAUCCAGUCAUUUACCCUUCGUGGUGAUAACAGAUCCCCAGCUUCUGCCCAGAAGUUUUCGAGCAGAUCAACAGUCCCUGCGCCAGUGAAGAGAAGAAGUAGUGUUCUGUGGUCAGAGAUGCUAGACGUCAACAUGAAGGAGUCUUUGACAUCCAAAGAAAUCAAGCGUCAGGAGGCAAUUUAUGAAAUGUUCCGAGGAGAACAGGAUUUAAUUGAAGACCUCAAACUUGCAAGAAAGGCCUAUCAUGACCCUAUGUUAAAGUUGUCUAUUAUGUCCGAAGAGGAACUCACACACAUAUUUGGCAGUUUGGACGCUUACAUACCUCUGCAUGAAGAUUUGUUGGCAAGGAUGGGAGAAGCCACAAAGCCUGGUGGGACGGUGGAGCAGAUUGGUCACAUUCUUGUGAACUGGUUGCCAGGCUUGAAUGCCUACAAAGACUACUGCAGCAACCAGCUGGCAGCCAAAGCUCUUCUUGAUCAAAAGAAACAGGAUCCAAGAGUCCAGGACUUCCUCCAGCGAUGUCUGGAGUCUCCCUUCAGUCGAAAACUAGACCUGUGGAGCUUCUUAGACAUUCCUCGAAGCCGUCUAGUCAAAUACCCUUUGCUGUUAAAAGAAAUUCUGAGACACACUCCUAAAGACCACCCUGAUGUACAGCUGCUCGAGGAAGCUCUCUCCAUCAUACAAGGAGUUCUCGCUGAUAUCAACUUGAAGAAAGGUGAAUCAGAAUGCCAAUAUUACAUUGACAAAUUGGAGUAUCUGGAUGAAAAGCAAAAGGAUCCUAGAAUUGAAGCAAGCAGAGUGUUGCUUUGCCAUGGAGAACUGAAGAAUAAGAACGGGCAUAAACUUUACAUCUUCCUGUUUCAAGACAUCUUGGUUCUGACUCGGCCUGUCACGCGGAAUGAGCGUCAGUCUUACCAGGUGUACCGGCAGCCAAUCCCAGUGCAGGAGCUGGUCCUGGAGGACCUGCAGGAUGGAGAUGUCCGGAUGGGAGGCUCCUUUCGAGGGGCCUUCAGCAACUCAGACAAAGCUAAAAAUAUCUUCAGAGUUCGCUUCCAAGACCCCUCUCCCGGGCAGUGCCACACUCUCCAAGCCAACGACGUGUUUCACAAGCAGCAGUGGGUCAACUGCAUCCGAACGGCCAUCACACCUUUCCAGAGGACCUGUGGCCCCAGCGAGCUGCAUGGCUUGCCGGAGCUGCACGAGGAGGGUGAGGAGAACAACCCCUCUGCCGGCAACGUCCCAGCCCAGAGACGCGCGUCCACAGCCUCCAGUGUGAGUCCGAUGGAAGUCGAGCGGGUUACUGUGCGGUGCGGCACCGUGGGGCACACGGCAGACACUAAGGUUGGGAAAGCCCACCACCGCACACAGUCUGGCUUCCGCAAGCCCAGGGACAAGGCCCAGCUCAGCAGCAAACAGAAGGAGACUUUGGUGUGAAGGAAGCUCAGGCCGCACUUGGUGGAGAGACUGUUUAUUUAUAAAUGUGUACAGUUUGUUUUUCUGGUAACGUGAGUAUGGGAACAUUGCAGGGUGACUCAGUCCCAGUCUGAACAUGUUUUGGUUGGUUUGGUGAUGGUUCCCUUUUUUUUUUUUUUUUUUUAUGGCAGCUAAAGAUAUAUAUGCAGAUUACUGUUAAACUUCCAGUGAUUUUCUUUCUUUUUUUUCCUUUUUUUUUUUUCUUGGUUUUGUUUUUUAGAUGUUUUCUCAGAUUAUUUAGAACAUGCAAACCCCGGUCUUUUUAAAAAGAUGGGAUAUUUACGAGAUAGCUUUCCCAUUACUGACCAAUUACAAAUUUACAAUUUUGCCAAAACUUGAAACUUUGCAAAUACUGGGAUUUUAUUGGUGUUUCUCUGAUAAGCCUUGCAGGUAUAAUUUGAGACUUUAAACAUUGGCACCUAAAUUGACAUGACAUAUAUGUCUGUUAUACCUCAGAAUCUACACUGAAACUGAAGUUUUUUGAAAAGCGUAUUAUAAAACUUACUAGAUUUUCCAUUUUAUCAACUGGAAUGCUUCAUGAAAGUUUGUUUCUCUCUUUACAUUCCUCAUUUUUUCAUUUGUUUAAACUGCCAGUUAUUUAAUUUUUUUAUUGUAAAGUAGUUUUUAGUAUUUGUUUUUAUUUUUUUUAUUUUGAUGCCUAUUCAAAUGGGCAUGUCUAAAGUAUUUUUCUUCCUUGAUUAAAAAUGUGUGUGUGUGUGUGUGUAUAUAUAUAUACAUAUAUAUAUGUUUGUGUGUGUGUGUGUUUGUGUGUGUGUGUAUAUAUAUAUACAUAUAUAUAUAUAUAUAUAUACAUAUUUUUUAAUCAAAUUAGCUUUACCAUGUGAAACCAAGCCACACAGUUUCUGAGCCAAAUGUGAAAAGUACAGUUUUGAAGCACAGCCUCACGGGGAAGUGGCAGGUGAGGGGCACAGCUUGGCUCCCGGGCCCUGUGCCCUGCGCGCUCGGAGAAGAGCUGUGUCUGGACUGUGUGGGCAGUGUUAGCGUCAGGAGCAAGUGGGAGGCAGCUGACGGGUAGCGAGGUUUUUCUGUCUGUCUGUUAGUUUCAAGGAGGGAAAGGAGAGUAGUUUUGUCUUACUGUAAAAUGUCUGGUUCCGCCAGGAUGUAGGAAUGAGGAAAAGUGAAGCUGAGGGUCUGUAGUAAGUCGCAGAAGGUCUGAGGAAAUGAGCUUUAUGUGUCUCGGUUGAUGAUACCUGCAGGUCGUGGGUCUGAAAGGAGACAGUGAAGGGUAUUGAUGGUCUGACCCCACUAGAUCAGCUUGAAGGCUUUAUGCACAGGACGGGAUGGGGAGAUGAUGAAUCUUCUAUUAUGAGAUGUUUCUGUCAAGAUGAGAUCAUGGUGUUCAAGGGGGAGAGAUAAGCCCCGUGUCACAGCAGAGUCAGGAAGGUGAUCGACACAAGGAAAUUGGCCAGAGAGGAGAUGGAAACUGGAAACUAAAUAGAUCGAUCCAAAUGAUGUCUCUGUAUAAAUGAAUUAUAUAAUUAAUAAAAAACACACACACAUAA